ACCCCCAGGCUAGCGGGACGCUUCGUGGGUUCUACUCGGCCUGAGUUUGCUUCUGGGAACUUCCGGGUUCCAAGCAGCAAAUGCCUUCAAACCCAAUAUUCUACUGAUCAUGGCAGAUGACCUUGGCAUUGGGGAUCUUGGUUGCUAUGGGAACGAUACCCUGAGGACCCCCAACAUCGACCGGCUUGCAGCGGAAGGCGUGAGGCUCACCCAACACCUGGCGGCCGCCCCCCUCUGCACCCCGAGUAGAUCUGCCUUCCUCACGGGCAGGCACUCCUUCAGAUCAGGCAUGGAAGCCCGCGACGGGUACCGCGCCCUCCAGUGGAACGGGGGCUCGGGCGGACUCCCCGAGAACGAAACCACGUUUGCGAGGAUCCUGCAGCAGCAAGGCUAUGCAACCGGCCUCAUAGGGAAAUGGCACCAGGGCGUAAGCUGCGAAUCCCGCGCCGACCACUGCCACCACCCGCUGAACCACGGGUUUGCCUACUUCUACGGCAUGCCUUUCACACUCGUCAACGACUGUGACCCCGGCAGGCCCCCGGAGGUCGACGCCGGCACGAGAGCCAGGCUGUGGCUUUACACCCAGCUGGGGGCCCUGGGGGCUCUGACCGCGGCUCUCAGCAGGAUUUGCGGGUUCGUCUCCGUGUCCCGGAAAGCAGUUCUGGGGGUCGCUGGCCUCGUCUUCCUCUUCUUUGUCUCCUGGUACGCCAGCUUCGGGUUCGUGCGUCGUUGGAACUGUCUCCUGAUGAGAAACCAUGAAGUCACGGAGCAGCCCAUGGUUUUGGAAAGGACGGCGCAUCUCAUGCUCCAAGAGGCAGUUUCCUAUAUUGGAAGAAAUAAGCACAGGCCGUUCCUCCUGUUCGUGUCCUUGCUCCAUGUGCACGUCCCCCUGGUCACCACCAAGCCGUUUCUCGGGAAGAGCUGGCACGGCUUAUAUGGCGACAAUGUCGAGGAGAUGGACUGGCUGGUAGGUGAAAUCCUUCAGGCCAUUGAAGAAAACGGUUUGAAAAACACGACAUUCACGUAUUUCACCUCUGAUCACGGAGGACAUUUGGAGGCAAGAGACGAACACAGCCAGCUGGGGGGAUGGAAUGGAAUAUUCAAAGGCGGCAAAGGCAUGGGGGGCUGGGAAGGCGGCAUCCGCGUCCCGGGGAUCUUCCGGUGGCCUGGGGUGCUGCCGGCCGGCCGCGUGAUCCACGAGCCCACCAGCCUGAUGGAUGUCUUCCCCACCGUGGUCCAGCUGGGGGGCGGCGAGGUGCCCCGGGACAGGGUGAUCGAUGGCCGCAGCCUGGUGCCCUUGUUGCAAGGGACUGUUGAGCACUCAGCACAUGAGUUCCUGUUUCAUUACUGUGGGCAGCACCUGCACGCAGCGCGCUGGCACGAGAAGGACAGCGGAAGACUCUGGAAGGUCCACUUCAUGACGCCGCGUUUCCACCCCGAGGGGGCGGGCGCCUGCUACGGCCAAGGCUUGUGCCCCUGCUCCGGGGACGGCGUGACCCGGCACAGCCCGCCUUUGCUGUUCGACCUCGCCAGGGACCCUUCGGAGGCGCGGCCCCUGUCCCCCGACUCGGAGCCGCAGUACAGCGAGGUGCUGGCCCGGGUGGGCGGGGCCGUGGACCGGCACAGGAGGACCCUGACCCCGGUGCCCCCCCAGUUCUCCCUGAGCCACAUCGUCUGGAGGCCGUGGUUGCAGCCCUGCUGCGGGACCUUCCCCUUCUGCGCGUGCACGGAGGCCGGGGACCCCGCGAGGGCUGACCUCACACGGCCGUGACACCUGUCCUCAAGGGCAGGUUGGCCAGCGAGCGGGGAGAAAGGAUCGCUCAUGCCCUGUUGCUGGGAAUGCAGACUGCACGGCCGCUGUGCAGAACAGGAAGGCGGCUCCUCCAAGAGUUAACAACAUAAAUAGCUUCCAGUAUAGAAAUCCCACUCCCGGGAUUCACUCAGAGGAAAUGGAAAGUUCUAGAAGCCGAGGAUCCGUAGUGGCUGCCGUGGUCUGGGGGACCCGGGGACAGGGGUGGUCAGAGGGCACGAGCGUGCACUUACAAGGGUCUGCACGUAGAAGACAGCGCGGAACACUGUUGUGUACUUGAACUCUGCAAACAGUAGACGCCAACUGCACACAGAAGGCGAUCACUUUCAUGACAGACACGUCCAUCCAAUCAUCAUCUCAUGCACCCUAAAUACCUAUAAUUUUGUCCCUUCUCCCCCAAUAAAGCUGGGCGAUAAAUGUUUUAAAUUUA